CUCAUUGGUGUCACUCCGAUUCCAGCUACCUCUUUGCCCGAUUCCAAUUUCCAGCCCCAAUCCCUCGCUCUCUGCCAGCUGCACAAGCGCCACCUCUCCGGCGAGCUCCGCCUCGAGGGCUCUCUGCAUCUUCUCGUCUCUCCCCUCUCUCAAUCCAGUUCGAUUUACUCCUUCAGGCGGAUCGCGGUUCGUUCUUCCAUGAUCAUCUGAGGUUGACGAGUUGAUUUGGUACGCCUUGGUGAUCCGUCCUCGGCGACCGCGAUCCUGGUGGUUUUGGGACCGGAGCGAGGGGAAACCAUGGAGGGUGGAGAAGUCAGAAAGGUUUCUCGCGAGGACAUACAACUGCGCUGAACAUUUGUUGAUUCAGUUGGUAGGCCGUAGACAAGCGAGUGUAGCGGAAGCAGUGUUAUGCAUUGAGCCAUGCUAAGCGCCCAGGUGAUAUUGACGGAACUUCCACAGAAGCCCCAAGUUGGUGAUGUGAGAUGAUCCAUUGGUUAAAAGGAUUGAGGGAAACCAAUUUAAGGUUCAGAACCUUAUUGAGCGGUGCCUGCAGCUCUAUAUGAAUCAAAAAGAAGUAAUUGACACAUUGUCUAUUCAGGCAAAGAUAGAGCCCAGUUUCACUCAACUUGUUUGGCAAAAACUUGAGGAAGAGAAUCGAGAAUUUUUUGAGGCAUAUCAUGUUAGACUCAUUGUUAAGAACCAGAUAAUGGUUUUCAACAAGCUCCUUGAAAAACAAGUUGAGAUGAUGCAGACAGCAUGCCCAUCUGGUGUUUCUAGAAUGCCUCUGCCCAAUGGGUCUAAUUCUUCUUCUAUGCAUCAACCUCCGUUGUGCUAUAUACCUCAGCACACAUCUACAUCUGCCCAGCUUGAUGGCAUGAUUUGUGAUGGAGGUUUUCCAAAUGCUAUUAUGAAUGGAAGGCCAUCACAACAAGAAGGAAUCUACCUUGACAAUGAUUCCUCUAUUCUUGCUGAGAGCAUGAAUCCUUCAAUGAGUAUGUUAUCUUCACAUGAUUCCAACACAGCAGGGAUUCGAGGAAUGCACAGAACGCUAGUCAAGUCAGAACCUAACUACUUGAACAAUUCUGAGUUUCCAUUCAGUAAUGAUAGCAGCAUCUUGGACACACACCAAUCUAUUGGCGAUGCUUCAGUUGGAUCAUUCAGUAGCUCAGAAUUGACUGGGCAACCAUUAAAUGAUACUCUCUUGGAUAUUGACACUUCUACACUUGGAUUUAGUCAUAUUCCUCGAAAUUUCAGUUUUUCAGAUUUAACAGAUGAUUUUGCUCACUGUACUGACAUUUUGGAGAAUUAUGAUAGAUCUCCUUAUCUUCCACAUGAUUCAAAUAACUUCUCAGACUCCCCAGGAAGGGAAUUCAAAGAAGAAGACAUUAAGAAACUAGACACCAUUUCCGAAGGAGUCAGCUAUGAAGAUUUUGGAAGCGACUGACUCAACUUCGGAUGGGUGGGUUACUUCCAGGUUGACCAGGCAUCUGUACAUACUGAAUUAAUUAGUUGCUUGUUCUUCUGUUUUCGCCAGGUUGUUUAACUAGCAUGUGUUUGAAAGGUGCAAUGACUUGUGUUUUAGCAAAUAGUAAAGUGGUUUGACACUUGGAUUUUGUUUUCUAAAGACCUGGCGUAUCAUUUUCUUA